ACAGGCUUUUCAAUCGUGGUUGGCGAGGAUCGACUCGAAAGAACCGUGCAAGCACAGCUCAGAACACCCCAAGCCGCACGAAGAACCAACUCUCCGCCGUUCCCACAGACGCAAACCAUCACCACAACCAUGCCUUCCGAACGCGAACUCCAAAUAUCUCCCAUCGUGCAUGAGUCGGUGGUACAUAACUCACGGACCCUCUCCAACCUGCAGACGCUCGCCGCCUCCCUCUUCGGCGUCUCGGCCGGCAUUCUCGGCCUCGAGUCCUACUCGGGCUUCGUCUUCUACCUCGUCUUCUCGCUUCUGACGGCGGUGCUCUUCUACGCGCUCCGCGUGGCGCCGACUUCGCUGGCCGCGGGCAAGCCGCCGCUCGACACGAGCCGGUACUUCCGCGGCCCUUACGAGUUCUGGGCCGGGGGCCUGAUGAACGGGCUGGCAGGGUUUAUCCUGACCUGGACCCUCUUCUACGGGCUGGUGAGGGCGUGAGCGUUGUAAAGAUCUGGAAACCGAAAAAUCGUGGCGAGGGCCUUAAUUUUGGUGUACGACAAGGGAGAGGGGAGGCGUUCUGGCGUUAGGGGUUUCGGAGGAGUGACUUGCUGCAGACUGCAGGUGGUCGUUUGGUCACACUUCAUAGAGACGCGACGAUACUCAGCCUCCUGGUGGAAAUCCGGGAUUUGGAAACGACGAACGAGGAUUUGAACCGCUUAUCUGCCGAUGAAGCCCAUGUACGAUCACCGCAAUCGGAAAUUUCCAAGUUUUUGGAACGCCAAUGCCUUUGCUCCGGACACGCAAAGGAGGAAUUGAGAGUUGCUAUUUCCUUUGUCGCCAAAGGUCUAGGAAAGGUGUUUGUCUGUCCUGAGCUAUACAAGCAUUGGGGCGGUUCCCAUCGAGGCACUUUACACAACUGUGCUGCUCCAAAAAAAUCCUGGGACCAUCAAUUUAUGUUGAAAACCAAAACACUGAAAACUAAAUGCCUGGCCCAGGCGAUGAAGUGCAUAAACCUCUGUGACGCACCUUAAACCACGGUUUAAGAAAGCGUUU